GUAAUUUUGAAUAUGGGUAACAGUGCAAUUGAAAUACAAAACGACGAGCUGCUUUCAUAUAAGCUUGGAAGUGUAUGGAAAGAUAGCCCAAUUGAUGGAAAGGAAGUUGAUUUAUACUUCCAGCCAGGAAAAUUGUUCUUUACGAUGGAACGUAGGGAAAUUUCCUUAAGUGGUUCUACAAAACUGUCAAAAAAAUGAGAGACAAUCAUCAGCUGUGAUAACGUUUAUGGAGUGUCAACCUUUGAAGACUAUUUGCUCAAUGAUGUAGGCGCUACUUAUCGACUCUCCAUUAUGAAUUUUGAAGAGAAAUCAGAAAAAUUUGAAACUUUUAACUAUUAUUUCAGAAAUGAAGAAGAGUUUAAAAAGGCUAAACUGAAAUGAGCCUCAUACAAUUGCACCCAUAGAGAAGGGGUUGAAAGAAAUAUUUGUGUUCUAGUUAACCCAAUUAGUGGGAAGAAAGUCUCCAGAGAAUAUUACUCAGACAUACUUAAGCCAGUGCUUCAAUUUAAUAGAAUUAAGCAUGAAAUGUAUGAAACACAGAGUGCGACGUACAUUGAUGAAUUCAUCUCAGAGCUUAAUCUUAAGGAACACUCUUUCAAUGAAUUUGUUGUAAUUGGAGGAGAUGGAGUGUUUAGCCAACUGCUAAAUGCUAUAGUGAAGUAUCCUGAGAGAAAAAUGAUUCAAUUUCCUAUCGGGCUAAUGCCUGGAGGCUCGACUAAUUCCUUGUGAUGAGCACUUUCAGGAAAGAAUCCUUACACUGCUUGUAAAAAUAUUGCAAAUAAAUCAUUACUAAAGGGAGAUGUCUUUAAUGUAAAGAUGAAUGACUCUAAACAAUCAAUCUAUUCAACUGCAUUGAGUUAUGGACUCCCCAGUGAUUUGGUGCGUGAAUCUGAAAAUUUAAGAGACUUUUUUGGAAGAUACAGAUACAUUGCUACUGCUAUUCCAAAAUUUAUUAGCCCUAAAAAGUUCCCAGUCUAUAAAAGUGAAGUGUAUUACAAGCUAGAGGAUUACGAAGAUCAAGGGACUGAAGACUCAAAUACAGAAAAAGACCAAAGAACUAACUCUAGAGUAAACGUUCCGAAGGUCUCAGAAUAUAAGACUAAGAGUAACUGAAAAAAUUAUAAGUCUGAAAGUGAAUGGAGAAAGAUCGAUAUUGAUGAGUUCUCGUUCCAUGUGAUCAUUACCCAUGAAAAUAGAUCCUCAGUUGGCAAAGAUGUCAAUGCUCCUUUUGCUAGGAUUGAUGAUGGUUUCAUGUAUAUUUUUGGGGUGAAGAAAUGUACAAGAAUUCAAGCUCUAAAUUUCCUCUCAAAGGCAUCUAAAGGAACUCAGGUGGGAUACGAAAAAUUUUUCUAUCAGAAAGCGACUGAGUUAAGAUUUAGAAAUCCAUCUGGUUCUUACUUCUGCUCAGAUGGAGAACCUUACAGAAGCAAUGAUUACACAGUGAAGGUUCUACCAGGAUUUGUGAAUCUUAUGGGAGAAAUAGUAAAAGAGUAGGAAUACUCAAAUCAUAUUAUAUUUCUAUUAGGACUUUAAAAUAUA